ACAUGAUAAUCACUUUGAGCACAGUGUUAUUUAUGCAAAUGAAUCAUUAAAACAUUGUCCCUUUCCCUUGCUACAGUUUCAUACGUAUGUAACACGAACUAAAUACUGCAUAACACCAUGUGCCAACUUCUUGCCAAUUUACUAACAUUCGCAACUGUGUCCGUCAUAGCCGUGGCGAUUUUAGCAGUCAUUUAUGCACCACCCAAAAACGAUCCACCACCCGUGGUAAAUGUUAAACCACCUCCUCCGCCUCCUGAAAAAUAUGUCUGCAAAUCAACCGGAUUUGAAAAAAAAACGGAAACUUUAUUAUCCACCAUGAUUAAAGACGAUAAAGAAAAAAACGUGAUCGUCUUCGGAGAAACGGGAGUUGGAAAAAGCUCUCUAAUCAACAUGAUCAUGAACGCGAACAUCGCCAAAGUAUCUGAUCAAGCUGCCGGUGUAACAUUUGAACAUCAGAAAUUUCCCUUUCUGAAUUUCAAUAUCUACGAUACAAUCGGUCUGGGUGAACCAGAUGGCGGCACGGUCAACAAAAAGAAAGCCAUAUCAGAGCUUCUCAAGUUGAUGACAAAGCUAAAAAAGAGUAGCGGGAUCAAUCUUAUAAUUCUGGUCAUGAAAAAGGGGAGAAUAAACGACAUACUCAAAUCCAAUUAUAAAUUGAUCGUGGAAAUUAUGACAGACUUUAAAGUUCCAGUCGUUUUGGUCGUCACACACGCCAAUGAAGAGAAAGUCAGGAACAAAUGGAUUCAGGAUAAUCGUAAACUUUUUCUAGAUCACAAGCUUAAAUUUAUUGCUGAAACUACGGUUUGUGGAACACCAAUGGACGGCUUAACGGAUGAUAUGCAAUGCUACUAUAAAAAUUGUUUGCUUGAGUCACGUUUCGACGUGUUAAAAUUCAUCCAAGAUAAAUCGUUAAAAGAACCGUAUCGAAUUCCGGAAUUGAAUUUUGAGAAAAGGAUUUCUUUCAUGUUUAACUUCAUGUUUGACUAUUUUAACUCUCCCCUCCCGUUAUGGAAAGAUUUAUCCGAUUUCCUAAAACAGCAAGGCUUUGAUCCGGUUGAAGCUGUUAAGCUGGUUAAUGACAUGUUUAAAUAAUUAUGUAAUUAAUUAAUUCAGCCAAUUGGUAUGUAUGUAUGCAUGUAAACACGCUAACACUUGGAAUCAAUUAAUUAAACUGGCAUUUACAUAUUAUUUGAAGA